AUUCUUGAUAUUAUUAUUAUUAUUUUCGAAAUGGCAAAUCGCACACCUUUAGAGCUUGAACAGGACAUUGCUGCAAUCGAUCAGACUCUUUCAACAGUCUCUGAGAUCCGGUCAUCCUUACACUAUUUCACCCGGCUUAUUCAAGCAGAAAAGAAAGAGCCACAAUAUGUACAGAACUUCAGUAUCCGCCUUAAUGCAAUCAAGAGAGAACUUAACAAACUCUCGAUUGAGAGUGAAGGUCUCCGAGGCCCUCUAGAAUAUGCUCAGCAAUUGUCAGGCGCUGGUAAUUUUUCGUGGCCUAUGAUUAAAGAGGCAGCAAGCAAAGAGGCAGGAGACGAAGAUAUCGCAGACGAGAAUAAUUCGGACAAACAAAAGGAGGCAGGAGCGAUGAUCAAAGAAAAGGCAGAAAGUGUUCUUGGACAACUUUCUUCAGUUGUUUUGGAUAGAGCCCAAACUCAAAAACCAAAUCGAUUCAUCACUUCCCAUAUCCAGUAUUGGAUGCUCAACGACAAACCGACAAACCUUGGAAUGAUUGUGGAGAUCGAUGAAGAAGAAAAGGAGACCUUGGUAGGCUCAACCUGCCACAUCAAAGUCACCGUACAAAAAGUAUUGGUAGCUUCAUUAUCUUUAGAAUACGAGAGCAAAUCAAACACUUUGAUUCUUCAACAAUUUGAUAUCCGUGGACCAAGAGAAGAGCCGCUAAUUAGUUUAUAAUAGAAAUCUGCUUGGCAAGAAUCGGAUCACUUUGUUUUCCAAAAGAUCAAUAUGUUGGCUAAAGAUGCCUUUGGAGAUAUGACUACUUUGUCAGCCAAGGAAGCGCUCUCGAGCAUUUUGCAAUGGUUGGCAAGCUAUCAUAAUCUUUUCGUUGAGCCUUGUUAUCGCUGUCACAAGCGUCUUCAAUUUGAUUCUCCUCACUAUAAGCAUCUACCAGCUGUUGUGCGUACCUGGGUACAAAGAAGACCAGAGAAAGAGGCAGAAGAAAGAUGGAUGGUCUACAGGACAAUUGGCCUUGCUUAUCAUAUGCGUUGCUUUAUGGAAACAACAGAGAUGGCGGAAUAAUAAUAAUAAAGAGC